CGCUUCGGUCACACUUAUUUUCGGUUGUUGUCUUGUGAUGAGGGAAGCAAAACAUUAUUAUUUUCGUCGUUUUUAUUUUUUGAUUAUAUAGAAAAGUCGGUGGUCGAGGAUCAUGUGAGAGAGUGAAAGUGACACAGCUUUCUAAGCAGACAGUAAGUGCACAUCUGUUAAGAGCGAAACAAUUUUGCGAAAGUGCAAAGUAGACGGCGAAGAGUGUGAAAAGGCAGCGAAAAGAGAAUAGAGAAAAAUAUAGCAGUCAGUUUUGUGGGCGUGUAUGUGUGUGUGCGUGUGCCAUAUUGUUCAAAAGUAAAAAAGAAAAAUAACAAACGUAGAAAAAAGUAAAAACAACAAUGCAGCAGCAGCAGCAACAACAACAGCAACAGCAGCAGGGUAACCUUGUUGGCUACAACAACAAAAUGAACAUCUUGCCCAAUUACACGAUGAGCGGAAUGAGUUCCUUUGAUGCCGAAUCGCUGCCAGAUUAUUCAGAAUUUGAUUCCGAAUCGGUAACCCUGGACUAUUAUAAGGAAAGUGUUCUACGUCCACCAGAGGAGAAAAUGGCGCCGACAACAACGAUUGAGACCAUCACAAUCACAAGGCCACUGAAGGUGAUUGCUUUUAUCUGCGGCGUCAUCGUGGUGGCUUUGAUGAUCAUGGCCCUGGCAUCCACAGAUUGGCUGAUGGCUUCCGACUGGCGGCAAGGCCUCUUUGUGCACUGCAUCGAGGAUGAUUCGUUGUCGCCACUGCCGUUCAACAUUCAAGAUCCACCAGGAUGCUACUGGACCCGCGAUGUCGGCUACAUCAAGGCCACAGCUGCACUCUGCAUCUUGACGCUGGUGACGGAUGUUAUAGCCACAGUACUGACCGGUCUUGGCCUCAGGACGCAGAACCACAAUCUAAAAUAUAAGUUUUAUCGCAUAGCGGUAUUGGUGAUGCUUGUUUCCUUGCUAGCCGUUCUAUCCGCCUUGAUCGUAUAUCCAGUGUGCUUUGCCGGCGAACUUACCAUGGCUAACCGGCGAGUCUGGGAAUUCGGUUGGGCCUAUGGCGUCGGCUGGGGCGCGGCCAUCUUCCUGUUCGGGGCCGUCGUCCUGCUGCUCUGCGACAAGGAGUCGGAGGAAAUCUACUAUAAGGAGAGGAAAAUCGUACAUGAAAACCAAAUGCGCGCCUAGGCAAGGCCGCACGACCUGCCUGACGUCGUUCUGUAGACUAAGUAUAUAGCAACCAACCAACAACAAAAACAACAACACACACACACAGACACAUAGAUUUCGAUUUAAAUCAGACUCAAGAACAGAAGCAAUUUGCAGCUAAACGAAUGUGUUAUAAUUAUGAUUGUGUAUAUCAUGACCAUUUCAAACCAAAAAUCCGUAGCCAUCAGCCAACCCACACCCACCAUUUCAUAGUACUCGGCAUUUGUUUAGAUGAGGUUUCCCCAAUCAGUUUAUUUUGUGUUCGUUUCGAAAGGUAAUCGUAGACAAGCCACAAACACACGACCCACAUCUCUAUCAUGUAGUCACAUGUACGUCUAGGAAUUCUGAAAGCUAUUCGCAUUAACCACACACCCGUAUAUACAAAUGCAUGCCCAUUCAGUUCCACAAACAUUGUAGUAGUCGACUUUUAGAGCUUGCUUUUCUGUAGAAAACUGAGAGCAAGUCGCAGUUGAAAUUAGACCUCUUACAAUAUUGUACUCAUACUCAGCUACAUAUACAUAGCAAUGUACUCCCCAUGUAUCUCAAACCUAAUCGUGAGCAGAAUCCAAAUUAGAAUUUUUAUAUGUACGUAAUCGAGGGACUAGGUAACCACGAAAGAUUAAUCCACAAUGUCAUCGUCAUUGUCAACGUUUCAUGCCGAUUACGCUUUCAAAAUACUUUUUUGUACUCUAUCAAUCCGUUUCGAAUAUUGUAAAUUAUGUGUUUUGUCCCAGUGUAUUGUGCGACUAACACCCAUUGUACUCGAAUAUAUAUGUGUUGCUCUUUUACCUUUUGUAAAAUAGUUUAACCAGCAAGCUGUCCAGUACUGAAAUCGUACUUGAAUGUCCCCGAGCCGUUUAAUUAUUUUAAGUGUAUGCAUUCGUUUUAGCAAACGUAUCCUUUGUAACCACCUAUGAUUUAAUAAUUUAUUGAUAUUUGUGUUCUUACCAUACUUGAAAACAUAUCACAUGCAAACGAUUUCAAUAAAACGUUUAUGACACCUUUUGUUAACACUUUAA